GUUUAUAUGGACUACAAUGCAACCACUCCCCUGGAGCCAGAAGUCAUCCAGGCCGUGACCCAGGCCAUGAAGGAGGCCUGGGGAAAUCCCAGCAGUCCUUAUCCAGCAGGAAGAAAAGCCAAGGAGAUUAUAAAUGCAGCUCGGGAAAGCCUUGCGAAGAUGAUAGGUGGGAAGCCUCAAGACAUAAUCUUCACUUCUGGGGGUACUGAGUCAAAUAAUUUAGUAAUCCAUUCUAUGGUGAAACAUUUCCAUGAAAACCAAACCUCAAAGGGCGACAUGGUUGAGCGCCACGAUCCAGUGGAGGGGGCCAAGCCCCAUUUUAUUACUUGCACAGUGGAACAUGACUCCAUCCGUCUGCCCCUGGAGCACCUGGUGGAGGAACAAGUGGCAGAGGUCACCUUUGUCCCAGUGUCCAGGGUGAGCGGGCGGGCAGAGGUGGAUGACAUCCUUGCGGCCGUCCGCCCAACCACACGCCUCGUGACCAUCAUGCUGGCCAAUAACGAGACUGGCAUCAUCAUGCCCAUCCCUGAAAUCAGUCAGUGCGUUAAAACCCAAAACCAGAAGCGGGCAGCCACUGGGCUGCCUCCUAUCCUGAUGCACACAGAUGCUGCACAAGCCUUGGGGAAAAGGCGUGUGGAUGUGGAAGACCUGGGUGUGGACUUCCUUACAAUCGUGGGGCAUAAGUUCUAUGGUCCCAGGAUUGGUGCACUUUAUGUACGAGGCCUCGGUGACCUUACUCCUCUGCACCCUAUGCUGUUUGGAGGUGGACAAGAAUGGAAUUUCAGGCCAGGGACAGAGAACACCCCAAUGAUUGCCGGCCUUGGGAAGGCUGCUGAGCUAGUGACCCAGAACUGUGAAGUGUAUGAGGCCCACAUGAGGGACAUUCGGGAUUACCUGGAGGAGAGGCUGGAGGCUGAAUUUGAUGAGAGAAUCCAUUUGAAUAGCCAGUUUCCAGGGGCUGAACGGCUUCCCAACACUUGCAACUUCUCUAUCCGGGGACCCCAACUUCAAGGCCGCCUGGUACUCACACAGUGCCGGACACUGAUGGCCAGUGUAGGGGCUGCAUGCCACUCAGACCAUGGAGACCGGCCAUCCCCAGUGCUGCUGAGUUGCGGCAUCCCCUUCGACGUGGCCAGGAACGCACUCCGGCUCAGUGUGGGCCGCAGCACCACCAGGGCUGAGGUGGACCUCAUCGUGCAGGACCUGAAGGAGGCUGUGGCCAGACUGGAGGACCGGGCCUAGCGUGGGGAUCACCCUGGCCGCUCCACUCAUAGGAAGCCCUUCCCAGGGCGGCCGGGCGUGUCACCUUCCAUCCCUUCCUGAGGGCUGUGCCAGGAUGACUGUCUUAACUUCUCCAAAUCUUCCUUCUGUUCCAGAGCAUCUGAGCAUAGGGAAGUGUGUGUGCUCCAGUGCUCCAGGGUUCCUCCCCUGGAGCACAGACCCCUGUGGCACAUAAAGGCCCAGGACAUCAAUACUCACAUAGGACCGUCCCCUGUCUACUGCUGCCACGUGGCAACCGUUGAAGUAGAAAUGGUUUGGCUGCAUCCACGCUCCCCUCUGGAAAUUGGGUGAACCUGUUAUGAGCACUCCUUCCUGGAAGGUGGUGUUUUUAUCUGACAAUUAAUGAUAAAAUCCAAGUAUUUAUCAUUCAUUGUCAGCUAGUUGUGUAAUGAGAAUAGGAAACAAAAAAAAUAGGAAACUUGAUUUUUCCCCCCCAACCAUGGCCUCCCACGCACACUUCUACAGAGGUGUAUCCUCUCGAGGCCCAUCUCAAGCUCUUCCCAAGUGCCUCCUUGACCAGCCGUGCUCUGGCCUCAGAGUAUGGUGACCCCAGCUAGGCUGUGGCCCGUCCCACUCUGUGUGGUAGUCCCCACCUCCUGCUUCUCUAGCCCUGAGCACCUGUUCUGGCCGCAGUUCCUCAGAGCUGUAGGUCACUACGUGCUCCUACUACCACCCAGGGCUUCUUGUCUUUUCCCUUGGAAUUAUUUACUUGGGGUUUCAUCUCCGAGUUAGUUCCUGAGUCUUGGGCAGCUGGUGCUUAUGUGACUCGGUCAUCCCUGAGGUGGGAAAUCACAUCAUCCCUAAGUCAGCUUUUGUCUUAACUUUAUUUACAAAGGAUUCUUUUCUCUUCACAAAUGCCUUGUGACAUUCUGAUACACAUCACAUGUUGAUAUUUACAUAGGAAUCGUUUUCAGUGGAAUAACAUUUUGAAUGUGUAGUUUUAAAGUUCAAAGAACUACAUGAUGAUAUUGAGGAAACACUUGCCAGAAACUAAAUGAACUAAUAAAAGAUUUCAGUGCUUGGCUUGGA